UCACAAUCAGAUUAACUGAAGUUACUUUUUUAUACUCAAAUCGUUGAGAGGAAAAACUAAUAAUCAUUAAACUGAUAAUGAUAAUGUUCAAUUAUUCUGGUUACCGGUAAAAGGAUCUCAGUGCUUUCGGACUGGUCAGUUUACUCUUGGACUAUAAAACUUGUUUCUUAUUAACCUAAACUUUUAUUUUCUUUUUCUUUCUUUUCUCUUUCUUUUUCUUCAACUUGUUAACUAAGUUGUUUUCUCUGUUUAGUUUCUUUCCAAUUUCUCAAUUUGAUAUAAUUUAAUUUACUAAUCAUUGUCGUAGAUUAAUUAGAGAUCAACUGUCCAUGGAUUGUUCAGAUUCGUCUACAAGUUAUGGAUUGGGAGCAGAUUUCGAAGAGUUUGGAUUGGAAUCUGAAGCUGAAUCAUGUCCAUCAUCUAAAUUGAAUACUCGAUUGUCUAAAUUGUCAUCGAAAAAGUUACUGUUCGUUGAAAAGAUCCGAGAGGGAAAUAGUUGCUGUCAAUCUGGAGAUUACCCUAAGGCCAUUAAACUCUAUUCGGAGGCGAUUAAUUUAGAUCCAAACAAUCAUGUUCUUUAUGGUAAUCGUUCAGCUGCUUAUUGUAGAGCUGGUAAAUAUUCCCGUGCUCUUCAAGACGCGAUCAAGGCCAGAGAAUUAAGUCCCCGUUGGUCUAAAGCCUAUUACCGACAAGGAAUUGCCCUUCAACAUCUUGGUCGGUAUAUCGAUGCCUUGGCCGCUUUUGCUGCGGGUUUGGCUCAAGAUGUUAAAAGCCCCCAACUAUUGGCCCGUUUCAUUGAGACAACGAUGAAAAGUCCAUUGAGAGCAACAAUCGAACCAAUUUAUCGACAACUUCAAGCCAUUCAAUUGGACAAAAGUCCAUUUGUAAUCACUUCACUUAUUGGUCAAGAGAUUCUAUCUGAAGGUCAUUAUCCUGCGGCUUUGGUUAUUCUGGAAUCAUCUCUUCGUAUCGGUACUCGAUCGUUCAAGUUACGGGAAUCUGUUUAUUCAGCGUUAGCUGCCGCUUAUUGGGCUUUGGGCGAUGUUGAGAAAGCUUUACAUUUCAUGCAACAAGAUCUUGAGGUUGCUAAGUCUCUUGGUGAUCAGGUCGGUGAAUGUCGAGCUCAUAGUAACCUUGGAUCGGCUUAUUUUUGUAAAGGUAAUUACAAAGGAGCUUGUACAGCCCAUCGCAUGCAAUUAAUGUUGGCGUUGAAAGGAAAACAUAGUGACCAAGCGAUCGGCGCUUUAACAGCACUUGGACAUGUUUAUUGGGCUAUCGAUGAUCUGACGAAUGCGUUGUCAGCACAUUCCCAAGCUCUUCAAAUGGCUCGUACUUUGGGUGAUACAUUAGCUGAAGCUCGAGAAAUUGGAAACGUGGGCUCAGUGUAUUUGGCGAUGUCAGAAUAUGAUAAAUCAAUUGAAUGUCACAAUGAGCAUUUGAAGCUCUCCAAAUCGUGUGGUAACAAAUUAGAAGAGGCUAAAGCGGUUUCUAAUUUGGGUGCCGCUUAUCACGCUAAAAAAGAGUACGAAACAGCAAUAAAAUUUAACGAACAGCUACUUCGAUUAGCUCAAGAAAUUGGUAAUCGAAAUAUGGAAGCUCGAGCUUACGCUGGUUUUGGUCAUGCGGCUCGUUGUUUGGGUGACCUUAUUGCCGCUAAACGUUGGCAUCAAAGACAAUUGGAAAUGGUUCUUAUUACCAAAAAUCGAUUAGGUGAAGGUCGCACUCUUGCCAAUUUGGGUGUAGUCUAUUAUCUUCUUGGAGAUUUCGAUUCGGCCUCUAAAUUACAUCGAGAAUCGCUCUCGAUUGCCCGACAAUUGAACGAUGUUACCGGAAUGAGAAAAGCAUUUGGUAAUAUAAGUAAAUGUUAUUCAGCAAUUAAUGAUUUCGACGAAGCAAUCAAGUAUCAACAGCAAGAGAUGGCGAUUAGUGGAAAACAACCAACCCCUUCAGCACCACUUUACGACGAUCCUGAUCUUCCAAGUGAGAGUUUGGACCUCGACGACGACGAUCAAGAUACAUCGAAUUUGGAAAAUCUUGAUUCUUCAUUCAUUCCGAUUGCAAAUUAACCUAAAAAUCUUAUUCUCAUGCAAACAGCCAUUCAAUGUCAUUCACUCUUCCAUCACUUAUCAUUUUACAAAUAAUUUAACAACAAUUAAAGUGAACCAAUCAAUUUAAACUUCCAAUUUGA